GUCCGGCGGCGCGUGAUGCGAACUACAGUUCCCACAACUCCAUGCGGUCUCGUCGCUGGCCUCUGUCUUCGCGAGAAGAAGCCGCUGUGUAGGGAGGUGGGAGGUGUCUGCUCGGACAAACGGAAGUGUAGUUGACGGUCGAGGACAUCACCGCCAAGCUGGGAACCGGGGAGAUGGCCGAGACGGACCCCAAGAACGUGCAGGACCUCACAUCAGUGGUGCAGACUCUGCUGCAACAGAUGCAAGAUAAAUUCCAGACCAUGUCCGACCAGAUCAUCGGGAGAAUUGAUGACAUGAGCAGUCGCAUUGAUGACCUGGAGAAAAACAUCGCAGACCUCAUGACACAGGCUGGGGUGGAGGAGCUGGAAGGUGAAAAUAAGAUAUCCGCCACACAAAAGAGUUGAAGGUUGCUAAUUUACACUGAAAACUGGAACACCAUUUCUACAAGCCAAGAGAACACCGAAUGGCUUUUUGCGCCUAACUACUAUCUGUAGACAGGUUUUAUAUUAUAAAGGGUGUUGUUCUGUCACAUACUAUAUAGUUAGUUUAUAGAGUGAUUUUUUUUUUUUUUUUUCCUCAUCCUUGGUUUCUUAAACAUGAAAACUUCACAUCUUGGGCCUUGGUCAUUUGUGCUAUUAAAUAUAUUAAACACUAAAACUUUGGCAGUUUCUGCAUAAAAUUGUCAAAUCUUUUAGUGUAUUUUUGUGAAGUCAUUUUUUUUCACUAUCAUUCUUUUGUAGUAGUUGCUAUUUGAUAAAAGUUCCUGUGUAAUUUUCUUAUUAAGCAAAGAGUAGAUCCUUUAAUUAUAUCAUACCUUGUGAAGGAAGACAUUUAUCGAGUUUAGGAUUCUCUGUACAGAAUGACUGUUGAACUAACACCAAAUAAUGUAUUGAGGAUACUUUUCAAAUGGUUAAGAAAAUUUAGAGACAUCUAACACUACUCUGUUGCCAAAUGUCAUAAUUGUGCCGUGAUUUCAUGUCUAAGUCCCAGAGGUCAGAUGCUAAAGUUAUAGAGUAACCACUGCCAUUUAGUGUGUUAGAACUUAUGAAUACAGAAAAUAACAGAAUUGCCUAAUAUAAUAAGGCAUUUGCUCAUUAGAGUUUUGCAUGAAGUUGGAAUACUUCCCUAAGACCCUCCAUUGUUUACCUAUAAUAGUUCCCCUAGGAAAUCUGGCAGGAUUUUAAAGCUCAGUUAUUCCAUCCUUGAGUUGCUAGUUGGGAAAAGGAACAGAAAAGAGAAACAAGCCUUACAAAUAAGGUCCAGGCCAAUUGUCUAGACAAUGAGUAACAACUCAGCUCAAGUUUUUAAUACUGUUUAUUGAAACGUUCUUAUCUAAUAGAGUAAUAUAUAAAACAACUGUUGCUAUUCAAAACUGCACUGUCAGGAGUGAGCCAAGAGGCCAGCACAGACACUUGAAAGGGUUCACCAUGAACCCCAGAGUUGGGGGAGUAGGAAUAGUUUAGGUCUUUAUAGAGGGAAAGCCAUUAAUGAGCACAGUAUGGUUUUAUAAUAUUUCCUACAUAACCAGACUUUGAUUGUUUGUAUUGCAUCUGUUUAACAAUAUUAAGAAACUAUUUGUCCUAUUUAUACUCUAUGGAGAGCACAAAGGCGUACAUUUCUUCUGUAAUGCAAUGAACUGACCUGUUAUUACUUGCUACAGAAACUCCUUCAGUGAGCCAGUUGGUCAAGCUGUACUGUUUAGCCAUGAGAACCCAGGGCCUUCAGACUCACCAGAUCAGAUAAACCCCAUGUGCAGGUGGUUUUCAAACCUUGUGAAAGCAGAAAUGAGAGGGCCAACUAUUGUUGGCAUGGUCGGGAUUUAGGUAGAAGUUGGCUUUAUGAAGUUGUUCAAAGAUUUUUAAAGGCAGGCUCCACUGCCCAAAACAACCUGCCAUCAAUAAAAAUGCCUGAAAUCCU